AUGGCUGCUUCUGAGCUUGCUGCCGUUCUGCCACGCGCCAUGGACACUGGCAGCGACGAUCGCUCCGAGCACUUGACGCUCGACCAGCUGCUCGACAUUCUGCUCGAUCAGCCUGCGCUCGAACAAGCGACGAGCACGCAGCAGUACCGCGGGCUCCUGCAGCACUACCAGAAGAGUCUGAUUGCGGCUGUCAAGUCGUACCUCGUCCUUCCAUCCAGUGAAGCCGCCACUUUGACAUUGCGGAUUGUGCAGCACUUUGUCGAGCAGCUGCCGCAAACGUUCGUACCUGACGACGCGACUGCUGCUAUUGCACUGCCUGUGACCGAGCUACCGCCGAUGGAUGUGCACCGAGCAACUCUUCAAAGCUUGGCUCAGUUUGCCCAUCCACCGGCUGGAUCCUCAUCCCUCAUGGUGGGGCAAACUGUGCCAAUUCCUCGCGACCAUCUGGAUGUCCUUGCCGUCUUGAUGGGCCGCUUGUUCACGGCGUUGGCCGAGCCUCAAUGGGGUGCGGUGGCUGACGAUCUCGUCAAUACUCUUGUGGCCAUCUUUCAGCUGCUUCGCAACAAGUGUCUCAUGCAUUUUCGACAACUGAUUGCCGAAGCCAUCGACAUGAUGGAUGAUCUCAACACGAUUCUGGACACAUUUUUGCAGCAGCCUGAUGAUGAGUACUCCGACUUGUGUCUUUGCACGUUUGCACAGUCUUGCGCGCUUCCAGGUUCAGGGCAACAGGGUCUCGUCAUUGAUCUUCCCACCACGGAUCACGCAAUCGCCCUACAAUGCGGCAUGUUUCGAGUCCUGACACGCAUCUCGCAGCACUCGACCCACUUUCUGGCCGAUUUUGCCCCGCGGCUCUUGCGCACUUUUUGCACCACUAUCAUCUCGGCGCUGAGCCCGUUGCCAUACGCCACUCCACCGUCCAUGUUCAGCCUUGCACUUGCAGCAGGGCACGGUCUGGCUGCGAUGAUGCCCGCGGCAGUCACGCUCUUGUCGCAGCGAGCUCUUGCUGUGAUGGUUGCUCGCGCCGUCAUCUUGUUAACACGACAAUGGAUUGCAGACUUGGCUCUUCCAUUGCCCACCCAGCCAGCCCCGUGUUGGCAGCUUAUUCUCACUCCUGCAGCGUCCGACAACGCAGGCCACGCGCGCUCGUCAGCCGCCGACACGCAGUCCUCAGCAGGCACGCUCGUCCACACCCUGCACUCCAUCCUCGUUGCCCAACCCAAUCUCGUUCUCCAAGAGCUGACUUCCGGCGAGCUGUUUCCAAUUCUAGUUUUCAUCAUUUGCAACGUUCCCGUCCUUUCUGACAGCCGUGCUCUGGCACAGCUCAAGAUGUCUUUGCAAGUGGUUGCUCCCUUUCUCGACGACCUGCGUGUGACAACUACACAGCUGAUCGGCCAGCUGGCACCUGUUGUCUGCGCUAGUCUCGUUGCGUCUCCGGGGAACUUUAGCGCUGACAAUGAUGCAUCUUCCCUGCGCAUUGCAGAGUUUGCCGCCCUCGCAUUGUCCGAGGCGUUCUCGCGGCUCGGUUCCAGCCUGUUCGUUCUUGCCCAAGAGCAUUGGUUGGUUUCGAGCCAACGGACGGCCGCGCAGCUUCUUGCCUCAUGCCUGGAGGUGGAGCAGGCAAUCGCAAGUCGCACCCUUGCUGCAGACAGCGACCUGACGAUUGGUCGAUCGCAACACAAACGUGUCCGGCGAUCCGAGCCUGAAGCGCACGACCACCACCAGCAGCGCAGUGCUUCCGUCUCACCGCACAAGGCUGUGUCGGAGCAGGCGUUGUCUGCGGCUACAGCCAACGGUUCUGUCGCUCUUGUGUUGGACCCCUCUGCCCCUCUUCUCGACCAAGUUUGCACCGAGCUCGCGACCCUUGCAGCUCGCAUUCAGUUGCAGCUCGGCGAGUUUCCCUGCCACCGCUCCCCCAGCAACAACAACGCCAACAACAACAGCAACAACGGUCCCACCGACGGCUUGCUGGCGCCUGUCUCGGCAUUCUUCCCGACAGUUCCAGUCGAGUCGGUACAAGCGGCCGCCAACGUCGAGUUGUUGUGCGCCACGUUGGCCGCGACUCCCCUUGCUUUGCCUUCCACAGCUCAAUGCUAUUGCGUCAUCAAAACUUGGAUGGCGACUCUUCCCGUGUUUUUAUUUAUUAUUCAGCAUGCGCGGGACGCCGAGUCAGAUAUUUUCAAGAGGGUGCCCACCGCUACUACCUCCCCUCUGCUGGAGUACACACGAUGCCAUACUCCGGCACAAUUGGCUCUGAGGCACGUCGCGUCGGCCUACGCGAGCACCGCGGGAAGCCUUGCUGCGAUUGUCAUUUCCUUGCUAGAUUCCAUGCGCAGCCUGGUUCUUGCGCAGCCGCAGCAGCCCGAGCUUCGAAACUCAAUGUUAUGGCUGGCCACGCUCGUGCCUCUCCCUCUCAAAUCAACAAUGCCGACAAACCUACCCGAGCCGGACGCGCAGCGCUGGAGCACUGAGCUUGCCAGGGACCGAGAGGGCCUGUUUGCCGCUUCCCAGCAUGUUCGAGAUCUUUUGACUCUUGAUUUUCGCCGACAGAGCCUCGCUACGCUGGAUACAGAGUCGUACUGGCCGUCUCGUGUUGGCAGCAGCAGCAGCAGCCAGCAGGGGAUGCACCUGCAGCCUGGCGCAUUCGACCUCGCCUUUUUGUGGCAGAGUGUGGUCAAUGCUGUGCUGAGGCUCGUGUGCGAUGCGCCAAUCGACCACUAUCCUGCCGUUCGGCUCGAUCUCGCUGCUCGUGCGGUGCGCUCGGCUGGUUUGCUGGCCGAGCGUUCCGCCGCUCACAGUGCUGCCUGCGAGGCCACCGUAGCUCUAGCGCUCCCGUUUGUGGAUGUUUCUUUGCGGCACUGGUGGCCCUCGCAUCCAUGUGUUGCGCCAACCGAUCCUCGGCGCUCGCCACUGCCAAUGCGGACUUUUGUCGCUUCCACCGCCACCUCCACCUCUGCAGGGCCAGCCACCAAUGCGACUCUGGCUGCCUCUCUUGCGUGUACGUCCAUUGCAGGCUUGCUCGAUGCACUGGGCGUUGUUGUUUCUGUUUGCACUGCAGCACCUGCCGCUGUUUGGACGGAUGCAGCGUGCACUGCGCCCUUCUCGGCGCUCGCUGAACGUGCAGCGUGCGCAAUUGGUCAGCUUCUCUGCGUGGUUGGUUCCGCGCCUCGUCCUGCACUUCGCGCAUCCUGUUUGCAGUUUCACGCAACUUGUCUCACCUGCGAGAAGCGCCAGGCAAAGGCGUCCAGCUCACGGUUGCGCCCAACCGCUCUUGGCUUGGCGUUGCCAUCUCGCCGCUCUGUCGUGCCGCCUCUGACAGCAAUUGCUCGUCUUCAGCAAGCUCAUGUUAUUUCAGAGGUGCUUUCCAAAACCAGACUGCAGGACCUUCUGACGCUUCUGCCGUUUGUCAAGCCGGCCUUCCCAGUGCACUUGCGCACGCACACGUUGCGGCUUGUUGUCUGCAUUCUGGAGCACGCCAACAUGACGCGUGACCACGAGCUGAUGACAAGCACGCUUGCAGAACGCCUGCAUGCGAGCGUGUCUGCGCCGUCUCCAGCCAAUUCCUCCACCACCACCAAUUCCAUCUCCGAUGUCUUGGCUCUCUCGUCCUUCGGUGCCGUCCUAAGCACAGUUCAGUAUGUGCAAGAUGAGUCCACUGACGUCAGAAUGGCCAUGAGUGAUGUCCUCCAACGCUUUGUGGCGCGUGCAUCACUGUUACCCGCGUCCUUCUUGCAUACCCAAAUGCAUCGGCGCAUUCUAACCGAACUCAAGGACGCCAAGCACAACAUCCAGCUCGCAGAGUCGUCCCUGCGCGACGGCUCGCAAGACGUCGACGCGCGAAUAAAGCAAACGCGACAUCGCGCCCGAGGCUUGAUCCACACCGUGGGCAAGCUCGCACAGGCAGCCGAGGGCGAGUUUCUGGUGGUUGCGCUCAUUUCGCUCGUCGAAUUUCUUUCCCACGAGGUGCCAGAGCUGCGCGCCACCGCCUACGAACAAAUAAAAACUGUCGCUGAAGCUAGAAGUGUUGCCGUCUAUGACUUGUUCAAGCCCUACAUGAAUCGAAUCGCAGUCAUUCUCAUUCCUGUGCUGGCCGGGGCUUGGACGAGUUCGAAUGCUUCAAGCGCGGUGACGGAUGCUGUCAACGGCGAAGUCACGUCCCUGUCGCUCAACGAGACCUCGCCGAUGAGUGCAAUCAAGCUGCUGGCAGAGCUAUGUGACACGACCCCGUCGAACUUCAUAUGGCAGGCGAGGCGUCACCUGCUGCCGGCCAUCGUGCAGCAGUGUUCGUCCGCAGCUUUGCACCAACUCAGCCAGCUUUGCGGUUCACACCCGAGCCUGGUGCUCGAGUCCAAGCUCCAGCACAUUCUGGCUCGCAUAUUUCUACUUGAGCCUCCGGAGCGUGACGAGGCCCGCAGGUUUCUGCAGCAGGAAAUUCCCGACGUUGUGACUGAAAACCAGAUGAUUUCCAGCUCUCUCGAAAGUCUGCUUCAUCAAACUGUGCUGCUAGUUGGCGAUGGUUUUGCGGGCGACCGUCUUGCCAUGAAUGGGAUGGAUCCUCAGCAGCUGAGCAGCAAGGCUAUCGCUGCUCUUGCCACGUUUCUGCAGUACGCUGCUGGCUCUGCACCGUCUGCACACAAUUCGACAACCACGAACGCCAAGUUGCGAGCGAGAAUCGAGCAAUCCAAGGCCUCCAAGCCCGACGAAAUUUUGGCCGCGUGCUUGUGCGACGAGCUCCUCUUUAUGCUCAUCACACGGCUACAAAAGCCGCUCAUCAAGCACAAUGAAGAUCCAUCCAAUCCAACCGCGCGGAGACGAGCACUCCAAGGCCUCAUCGCCCUCUUCCGAAUUGUGCUGCCAGAAAACCUACAGCCGUGCACGCCAAAACUCUUGUCCAUUUUGAAUGCAGUGACACGGGCUGCACAGACCCAGGCCGAGCUGGUGCUCGCCACUCGCGUGUGGGGCUACUUUCUGCAGUCACUCAAGCCUGAGUCUCUCUCUGCCGUGUUGCAACACGCAGUGUUUACACUUCUCACCAUGCUGGACGCAUGCUCUGUCGAAGUGGCGACCAUCCUCGAGCGCAUUGUGCUGCACCUCGCUCAGGGCUUUGGGCCAGCUUUGGGCAAGUUGUUUGUGCUGCUCUCGCCUGUUUCCCCAGUCUCAGAGUUGGAGCAAACCCACCCGCACUUGCUCUUUUUUGCAUCGUCGGCCAUUUCGGGACCUCGCCCUUUCGCGCGUCCCGGCUUGAACAAUCAUGCCGCAAGUGGCCGACGCGGAGGGCUUACAAACGGAUCGGCACCCGGCAACACUCUGGCCGCUGGUUUGGCGACCCCAUUCUCGAUGCAGCAAAACCGAGAAGCUGCGUUGGACGACUUUAUGACAACUGACGCCACGCAGCACACUCCUGCAGCUGCUGCAGCUGCUGGGGCCAAGGGGAACGCCAUCAGCAACACUGGCAAAUCUGCUGCCAGCCACCUCGACGCCGUCACCGCGUUGCUGCCAAAGGAAACCACCGAGCGACUCAAGGGCGUCUAUGCAGUGAUGCGAAGAGAAUGCGAGGCGCUCAAUCUGCACGUGGAUCGACACGCGCGUGUGCAGCUGCUUCUGCAGGGCGUUGCGCACGAGAAUGUGAUUGUGCGUGCUCGAGCAUUGGUCCGACUGCGCUCAUUUCUGGCGGCAGGCCAGCAUCUCGGCGAUGACAUUACGGCGGAUGCAGCCACCCUUGCCGAGAUGGCCGCGACAACGACGGAAGUCACGUCAUCUCGUGACAUUGCAUUGUCCCGCAUUGUGGCUGUGCUGAUGCAAGCCAGCAAGGACUCGAGCCCCACUGUCAGACUGCUUGUGGGCGAAUGUGUGGGAGCUCUCGGCGCCGUUGAUCCAGCGCGCGUCAGCAUCCCGACAUCCCUGUUUCGCUCCAAGCCAAACCUGGUCAGCUCGGCGGACGCAUCUGGCACUGUUGCUCCGAUUGCAGGGCGCAUAUCCGCCGCAGACGCCGUCAUCAAACUUCCCGAAGUGCCCUUCCGAGACGACAGCUUUGCGGUUGCACUUUUGAGCGAUUGUCUGGUGAAGGUUUUCCUCGGCGCCACGUCCGCGCCCAUCCAAGAUCGUGCGGCGUGUGCCAUUCAACAAGUGCUGCAGUGGUGUCGGCAACGCCUCUACCCCGACUCUGCGUCCGGCCUCAUUGGCACCGCGACGUGGCAAAAGCUGACGCCACAGGAUCGAAUCAUCGUCCAGCCCUACCUGUCAACAACCUACGUGUUCAAGUCCACACGCAAGCGCGCGCGGCGCAGUAGCAAUGGAAGCAUUUACCAUUCUUCGAUUGCCUACGCGGCUUGGGUCGGCUUUUGGGCGGACGAGCUCCUUCAGGCCAUCCAGCCAAUGGCGCCCGGCUUUGCCUUGCUUCAAGCAUGCCGCGGAGUGAUCAAGGACGACGUACAGACGGCUGUCUUUUUGCUGCCAACCCUUGUCGCGAACGUCCUGCUUUUCGGAAACGAAGCCAGUCAAAACGAGGUCAAAGUCGAAGCGCUUGCCGUCCUGAACGCUGCCGCGUCGUCGUCGUCUUCUGGUCCGCUGCCCGCGUCGCUGUCGAUGUGCGUCCAGACUUUGUUUGCCGCUCUCGAUCCAAUCCUUCUGUGGGUUCGAAAGAGGAGCAGCGGCCAUUGCCCUGAGCUCAGGCUCGACGAUCCAAACCUUGGAGAACGGCUCUUUGUGCACAUUGACAAGUUUCUUGCGGCACUUCCGCUCAAUCUGAUGUCCCACGCAGCGCGCGCCAGCCGAGACUAUGCGCGAGCGAUCAUGACGUACGAGCUUUAUGUCCAGCAAGAGGUUGGCACGGCGAGGGCGUCGAUGAUUGACGCUGCGAAAGCAGCGAAGGCUUCCAACCAAAGCGCAUUGGCGUCAGGCGCACCCGGCACCAGCGGCGGGACGGCGUCUUCAUCGACCUUGUCAACCUCGUCUGCCCUGUAUACUGUUCUGAACAACCUGCAUGGAGUGCCGAAAACCACGGUGCUGAUGAUGGACCAGACGUUGCAGAGCCAUCUGCCUCAGCUGCAAGAGUUGUACGCCGCUCUGGAUGCAGCUGACGAAUUGGCCGGUGUCAAUGCCAUCCGACUCAAUGCCGCUGGUAUCGAAGAAUUGGUGCUCGAGCAAGAGAGCGCGGGCGACUGGACUGCAGCGCUUUCCCUGCGAGAGCAGGCGCUUGGCGAGCUUCAUCGAAAAUCCUACAGCCAACAAGCCACUGCUGCUCCGGCCUCGUCCUUGGCUGAAUCCGCACUGAUGGACACUGACGAGCCGGAGGAGGAUGCGCCUGCACUGCACCCCACCAGCACUUCCACCCUGGCCAACAACGAGCUGACGGCGGCGGAGUUGACGCAGCAUCGCGGCGUUAUCAAUUGCUUGCUCAACAUGGGCCAGUUUGAAACAGCCAUCAUGCACAUCAACGGUGCGCUGACCACCCACCCAGAGUGGUGCAUGCCUUUAAAUUCGUACCGAGUGCAAGCCGCUUGGCGUCUGGCCGACUGGUCGGCGAUGGACGAAUUUCUGGCGGCUCCCCAGCAAACUUGCUUUGACGUGUCUGUUGGUCGAAUUCUCCAGCACUUCCGACGGUCUGAUGCGCCGAAAUUCUUGGCAGAGCUUGAGGCCACUCGCAAUCUCAUCAUGCCGGGCCUCGCGGCGGUUCGCAUGGAUUCGGGCUCGUACCAACGAGGCUAUCCGCUCAUUCUCCAGCUGCACAUGCUGACCGAAAUCGAGCAGUCUUUGCUUCCCGUUCUUCGCAUGACGGAGGAAAGCAUUGCCCCAACAUCAUCGACUGCUGCGACGGCGCUCGUCAAUGCGGACAGACUGCUGGAAAACUGGGAUGCUAGGGUCCGUCUCACGCAGCCUGGGUACCGAGCACGCGAGCCUUUGCUCAAUCUGCGGCGCACGUUGCUGUCUUUGCUCAUGGAUGCUCAAUCUGGUGGUGGUCAAAAGGCCUCGCGAUCGUUCAAGCGCAACUAUAUGAACGAGCGAGUUUCUCUGUCUGCUGCUCCUGCUCCUGCUGCUGCUGCUGCUGCUACCAUGCUCUCAGCAGCGAGCCAGCUACCGAUGGCCGUGGAUGUGCACCGAGAAGCUCGUCUAAUUUCCCAGACAGACAUUGGCGAAUGCUGGCGUCAAAGUGCCAAAGUUGCGCGACGGGCAAGAUUAUUCCAAACGGCUUCGCGUGCCAUUACACAUGCCACGGCUGUCGGCACGCCCAACAUUUACCUGGAAAAGGCCAAGGUGCUGUGGGCGCGCGGAGAGUUUCAUCAGGCUUUGAGCGGGCUGCAAAGGGACCGCUUCAUGGAGGGCUUACGUCUGCAAUCUUCCGCCAACUACAACAAGAGCACAAGCGAUUCCGCUGCGGCAUCUGCGGCCGAGCUGUUACUGCGCACCGUGACGAGCGACGACAAGCUUGCCGAAGCCAAGACGCUGCUCAUGGAGGGCCGAUGGAUGCAGCAAACGGCCCAGACGCAAGUCAACAGCAUUAUCGUCCAGUACAACAAGGUGGUUAGCAUGCAGCCGCGGUGGGAGAAGGGAUUUUUCUUCUUGGGCCAGUUUUAUCACGCCAUUCUAGAGUCGGAAAGCUUGCGAAUGUCCGGCUGUCUCCCGCACAUUCUGCACAACUUUAGCCAUUCGCUAAUGUACGGCAACGAGUACGUUUUCCAAUCUCUGCCGCGCAUGCUCUCGCUCUGGCUCGAUUUCGGCGCCAAGGUGUCUGAUUCGCGCAUGAUGGCGCUCGAGAAGGACCACAAGGCCGUCAUGGACUUGAUUGUCGAUGGUAUCGAGCCGCCAGAGAAACUCCCGAAAACCCCUCCGGACGUGCUGCCCGCGCUGACCCUUCACCGCCUCAAUGUCAUCAUGCGUCGAUCGGUCGACCGAAUCCCACCAUAUCUCUUCUACAUUGUGUUCUCCCAGCUCGUUUCGCGCAUUUGCCACUCGAGCACGAGCGUCAUGCGUGUGCUGGAGGCCAUCCUGCUUCGAGUCCUGCGAGCCUAUCCCGCACAAGGGCUGUGGUACAUGAUGGCCAUUUCCAAAUCCACGCAUAGGCAGCGGUCGACCCGGUGCCUUGAGAUUCUCAAGCGUUUUGCCACGCAGCCUGACGUUUCUGCCGAGGAGGCGACAACAACAAGCGCCGCUACUGGCAGUAUCGGUCGCGGUCGUUCCACGCCCAACCGUCACGUCGCUGCUACUGUUGCGCAGCAACAGUCAGGAGCUAGAUUGGCGUCAGUGUCCUUUGCUCCUCUUGUUCAGACGUACUCGACGCUAACCGACGCCCUGCUUCGGUUGUGCAACAUUGACCUCACGCGCUCCACCAUCACGAGCUUCUCCUUGGCCAAAUCUUGUCCAGAGCUGGCCGAGUUUUGCGGCGAGGAUGUGCUGUUACCGCUGCAGUCCUCGCUCUCGGCCACCCUGCCGCAGUCUGCAACAAUGUCUGGCACGGGCAGCAAUGUUCAGUUCUCGCCCUUUCCCGAUUCCACGCCAAAUGUUGUCAAAGUUGAAGAUGAAGUUGAGGUUCUCAGCUCCUUGCAGCGUCCUCGCAAGGUCACCAUUGUUGCAAGCGACGGAAAGCGCUACUUUUACCUGGCCAAGCCGAAGGACGACCUGCGCAAGGACUGCCGCGUGAUGGAGUUUAACACCAUGGUCAACAAGCUGCUCAAGCGCGAUCCCGACACUCGCCAGCGUCAGCUGCGCAUUCGCACGUACGCCGUCGUGCCGCUCAACGAAGAGUGCGGCCUGCUUGAGUGGGUGCAGAAUACGGAGGGCUUUCGGUUUAUUCUGCAGCGCAUCUACAAGACACGCAAGCAGUACACAUCUGCCUCCACUCUCUGGAAGACCGUGUUCAAUCCGCGUCGCGUCGGCGGCGCCAAUGUUAACGACCCCGCCGUUCGGGUGGUGCUGUACAUUAAGGAGGUUUUGCCGUGCUUUCCCCCCGUGUUUGGCGCGUGGUUUUUGUCCAUGUUUCCGGAUCCGCUGGCGUGGUAUGCCGCCCGUCUCGCGUACGCACGCACGCUGGCCGUCAUGUCGAUGGUCGGUUACAUUGUCGGCUUGGGUGACCGGCAUGGAGAGAAUAUUUUGUUUGACUCGAGCACUGGCGAGGCGGUGCACGUUGAUUUCAACUGCCUGUUUGAGCGCGGCAAGCAGUUCCAAACAGCCGAGCAGGUGCCGUUCCGGCUGACGCCCAAUCUUGUCGAGGCGCUGGGGAUGACUGGGUACGAAGGCGUCUUCCGCAAGACUUGCGAAGUGACCCUCCGGCUGCUGCGAAACCAGUGCGACACGCUCAUGUCUGUGCUCCGGACGUGCAUCUACGACCCGUUCGUCGAGUGGGGCAACAUUCAAGGCAAAGUGCAGCAGGCGCAUCGCGCCGGUGCCAACUCUGCUUCGACCAGCAGCGAAAAUCCGAACGAGGAGGCCCUGAAAACCAUCACCGCGAUUGUAAAUCGCCUGCAAGGACGCAUAAGCGAUUCCAUGCCGCUCUCCAUCGAAGGCCAAGUCGACGACUUGCUGCUGGAAGCGACCGAUGUGGUUAAACUCUGCCAGAUGUACAUUGGUUGGAUGCCCAUGCUUUGAAAAGGGGGGAGGGGUUUGAUUUUGGUUUUGGUUUUUGGUGUAUUGCUGCCACAAUACAAUCACCUUUUCACUGUGA